AUGUUGGAGAGAGCGUCCUCAUGCCUCAGAUACGGAGGACAAAGUACCUUCCGCGGCUCGAGAAAGAAACUGCGCAGUCGACGGCUGCUACACUCCUCCUUCUGGCACCAUGGCGCCGGUGACCUCGAUCUGCCGUCUUGGUGGGCCACUAUACUCCAGCCCUCGACAACGGCUUCCGGUUCGACCAGCGACCAUGAUGCUUCGAACUGCGCCAGCUCGAGCCUGGACAUGCAGAUGCACGCCGGCAGUGGGCUGUUCCUCGACUUCCUCUAUCCGGCGAAGACAUUGGCAUUGAUACAGUCCAUCUCCUCAUACCGAUGGGAGCCGUGGGAAGGCAGGCGAGCGCGCCACUCCGCCGCUGCCCGACUGCGCCAGUACUCGUCCAUGCCCGGUACGAUCCAACAAGCGCAGAUCUCGAUCGAGGCGUCCGCGUCAGACAAUCAGGAAGGUGUCGAGUUCAGUCUACGACGGACCUCCGAUGGUGCUUCUGGUUCGGGCAAUUCUUGGGCACGCGAAGAGCUACGUGGUUUGCUCCAAGCAAAGAGCAAGAAAGAGGACGACUUCGACGAGGCCUGGCGACUAUGGCUUGAACUAAGCAAACAUCCUCAAGAUUGGCAACUCGGCGCUGAUCUACUGGAGUACCUGUCGUUGUUUCGACAGCCGGAAAGUCCCAGUCGGGUUCUUCAGGUCUUCUCAGGGCUCCCUUCGGAUCAGCGCCGUGCCUCCUCAUAUCGCGCGGCCGUUGCCGCAUGCCUCCAAUUAUCAAGUACAGCUAAAGCCACAGAUACCACCGGCGAGAUGAAAGAUUGGGCGUCAGAAUAUGUUCAAAAAGCGGUUGAGUUUUUGAAAGAGGCGAUCUCGCGCAAUAUAGAAGAAGACGUCGGUGCUAGUUCACUGUUCGCGAUGUGCGUCGCCAUCAAAAACUGGGAUCUUGCACGAGCAGUAUAUGAAUGCCAUCCACAACAGGGGCAGGUCCAAGAGAGUGAGACGGACAUUCCAGAUAUCUGGCAACAUGCCUCGCAAUCACCCGAUCUCGUUAGCACUGUAUCCUCGCUGGCUACUUUCGCAGCGAGGACCAGCGCCGGUAAUAUGACACGCGAAUCAGAGGGCGCCGCGGACUUGGCGAAGCAGUUUCGUGCGAGGUACGGCGCGCUCCUGUACGGUCUAAUGUUGCGCACCUACAAGCAAAUACCGUUCGCCCUUCCUGAAAAGGUCUUAAAGCUGUUCAGACAGCUCGGCAAACUCGGGCUGUCGAAGGGAACGUACUAUGAAAGAGCAAUCCUAGAACUGUUGCAUUCACCGGAUAAGUCGCAGUACAAGGAUCACACGAACACUGCCAUCGGGCUGUAUGACCUUUUUCUGAAAGUGCGCAGUCAAAGCAAAAUGCGGAAAAGGGUCUACGAAGACAAACUCAAGCCGUCCGAAAAGAUGUUGUUCUUCCUGCUCAAGAGGCUUUGCGAUGCCGACGUUACUUCCGGGCCUGUCACAGUAGAGUCCGUUAUUGCGGACUGGCGUCACUAUCAUGGCCAGCUCAGUCAGUCAGCUACGAUCAUGCUAAUGAACCACUACGCUGAAAGAGGCGCGCUAGUGCAGGUUCAAGAGCUUUUUGAGCAUCUGGAGUCAUCCGUCUCAGGAGCAGUGCAAGAAGUUGGCUGGCUCCGCCCUCUGUUGUACGUCCGAGCUCGACGAGCUGAACUGCCAGAGGCCAUACGGGAAUUCGAGCGGAUCUCGCGGGACUUCCGCCUCGAGCCAGACAGGCACUGCUGGAACAUUCUUCUUUACGCGCACUCCAGGGCGGACGAUCUGGAUGGAGCCCUGCGCUACUUCAGAAACAUGUUGGAUCGAGGUAUCAGCAUGGACAUGUACACUUUUGGGCCGCUUUUACAACUCUGUGCUGAUCGCGGGGACGUCGACAGCGUCGAAGAGUUGCUAGACCUCGCUGCUUCUCAGAAGCUGUCCAUGUCCGCAACAAUGAUGGGCAGCCUGGUGCUCGCGCACGUCAAGAACGACGACUUGUACGCUGCGGAGCGCGCAGCCGGGGAGGCAUGGAAGGCACAGCACAAUCAAUCACUCACAGGCGAAUUGACAAUUGUUUGGAACACACUGCUGACUGCGCAUGCCUUAAGAAGAGACAUAGCUUCCGUUCAGAGGCUGUACAAGCGCAUGCAUAGUCUCGCAAUACCCGUCGACCGCUUAACAUACUCCGCACUGACGCAUGUGCUGGCUCUCCGACGGCAUACAAAUGAGGCGUAUAAGAUCUUGAAACAUAUCAUGCCCGCGCACCACGUGGAACCUCAGGCCUUUCACUAUGCCAUCGCAAUGGUCGGCUAUGUAAACGAAGGCAACGCGGAGAUGGUACUUAAGGUUGAGAAGCACAUGCAGAGCCGGGGCAUCGACCAUACCCUCAGCACCCGCAUUGCGCUGUUGAAAGCCAAGGUUCUGGCACUGCAAGAGGCUUCCACAAACGAGCGAUCCAGCCCCACCGAAGCGCAACAACUGGAAGCCGAAGGGGACCGCUUACUUGAAAGCAUGAUUGCCAUGAACAGCACCACUAUCGGCAGUAAGCAGCCCUCGUUAGGCCGAGGGUCAACGCCUCCCAGUCAAGCGGCAGAGGUGUCCCUUGAGCUCAUCCUGUCUCUGUAUAACCCGGAGCAAGCACACGUAGUCGUCCAGAAGUUCCUCGACAAAUACAUCGCCGGAAAAAGCGGCUCGAAAAUGGCGCCCUCGAUGCGCCUCCUGAGCACGCUGAUGAGCGUUCGCUACCACGAAGGCAACCAUGUCGAGGUCGAGAAGUACUGGCAGCUUGCCGUGUUCGAGGCUGCAAAGUAUGCUCGUCUUCUCCCACGAGGAUCCAUCCCGUCUAGUCAGGCCGCACCUGACCCCAUCUCGUCCGGCUUCACAUCGAGUCCGAUGUACGACUUCGGCGAUACCUUCGAGCCAGACUAUACUCCAAACACUACCUUGAACGAGCCGAAACACUCAAUCUCGAACAGUGAUGACUCCGAAGUCGACGCACCUCGCAUCGCGCCCGCCCGCCGUGCCAUCCUCUCUCGUCCGCUCUCCGUCUACCUCCGCAGCCUCAUCGCCCAGUCGAACUACCCAAACAUGAUCAACACGAUCAAAUCCCUCACCACAUCCGGCUACACCUUCGACUCCAAGACCUGGAGCCUCUACGUCCGCGCCCUCACCCGCGCCGCCCGUCGCCCUCCGCCCGCCUCUCCGCAGGCCGUUGGCCGCCCCGCCGCCCGCAGCCGCCAGUCCACCCCCCCAGCAAGUCUAGCCGACUUCAACGAACUCGACAUCGACGACCCCGACCCUGACACCGACAAUCCCGCCCUCUCAUCCCCCUUCUCCAUCACAACGCCCGAAUACCUCCACGAAGCCUUCACAGCCUGCGAGACCCACCUCAUCCCCGCCUUCCCCGGCUGGAACUACCGCGCCACCCAUCCCUCUUACCGCUCCCGCACCCCUCGCGGCUACGAAGCCAUGGCGCUCAAGCAGGCAGAGAUCCACCCCGGCGUCCUGAGGCCGACGUACAGGACGCUUGCGGUGCUGGCGUAUGUGGUGAGGAUGUUGAGGGGGGAUGUGUGGGGGGAGAGGACGGGGCGGAAGAUGCGCUUGGCUCGAGAGGAGCGGCGGGAGGCGGAGAGGAGGAGGGAACUGUUGAAUGGGUUGAGGAGAGCGGCGCCGAGGACGGUGGGGGUUGUGGAGAAGAUGCCGAGGGUGUGGGAAGGGGGAAAGAAGGCUAGGUGA